GUGAGGCGUUUACUUCAAAUUUCCGCAUCUUUUAUUUUGAUGGAGUAGAAACGUUUACACUUUACUCUGUGCCAGGCAGCAGUCCUUUUUCAUAUCCUAGUGAUAAUGUCAAGGUUUCUUCUUAGAGCAAACCUGAGGAGAAGCAUCGCCUCUCAGAUCAGAAUGGCAUCUGAUCAGCUUGGAGAGUUGGGCAAGGGAGCAGGCAGAGGUGGAGGUGGAGGGGGCUCUGUGAGAGAGGCAGGUGGUGCAUUUGGAAAGCGACAAGUAGCAGAGGAGGAGCGGUACUUCAGGCAGAAGGAGAAGGAGCAGAUGGAGUCGCUGAGAAAGCAUCAUGCAGAAGAGAUUGAUCACCACAAAAAGGAGAUUGAGCGCCUACAGAAGGAGAUCCACCGCCAUGAGGGCAAAAUCAGAAAGCUGAAACAUGACGACUGAGGCCUGUUGUGAUUUCAACUUGUUAGAGUCUGGCCAUUUAAUUUGUCAAGUCAAUGAUAAUUAGAUAUAUAUUGAUUGAUUUACUGCUGGUCAAGGCAGGUCCUGUAUGACACUUCAUACUGACUCUAUGAAUACUAAUAUAACAAUAAAGAGCAUUUUUAAAUAAG